AUGGCCGAUCGAGAUGUCAAUUCUGCAUGCGAACUCUUGGCAAUGGGCUCGGAGUUUGCCCAACUUCACAGCUCCGAGUACACGCGUGGUCUCUUCCUCCUUAGUAAAUGCAUGGUACGUCCUUGUCCACGUGCAGUUUGUAUUUGGGUUAUUAAAAUUCUACGUCCUUCCUACCUGCGUACCCUUUUAGUCAACUAUUAG